CAGAACUUCACUAAAACAACAGUCCCGACAUUUGGGUUUCAUUUUAUUUUUUACUUACCCUGUAGAGUACCAACAAAACAUGUUCAUGUAAAUUGAAAAUAUCUGUUGCCAGUUCACGAAUGUGAACAAUCAUACACAUUCAGUAAUGUAACUGAAAUGGACAUAUUUGUCAUUGUCAACAAUUGUUUGUAAAUAAACAUUUGGUGCAUCUCAGAUCAAGUGGCAAUUGAUCACACAAAAACAGGUGCCGUAGUUUAUCAUUAGCUUGUCAUUUUGUGGACAGUUGAUAGUGGAACAAUUGACUUUGGAAUUACCAGUCAUGACAAUGGAAUGCGUGUCGAGGUCAAAGGCCGCUGAGUACAAAGUGCACAGAGAUAAUACAGCUGGCCAACUCUCUGACGCACUUUGGAAAAGCACUGUGUUUGCACUCCAGUUGACAUGCAAACUUUCUGCAUGUUAUUGUCUUAAACUCGUGUGAAUCAAAGAUGAUUUCGUAUUUGCAACAAUUGACGGCCGUGCUAAUGGCGCCCGUGAUGUCACUGCUCAACAACACUCUGGUUGGCUGGCUGGCCAAGCACUUCUGCAUCUGGUGGCAAAGGAAGCGACCCCCGACCCAGGGAUCUGUUGCGCCGGGAUUCGAACCAGUGGCAGCACUUUUCAGGAAAAAUUUUGAGAAUGGAGUUGAGCAAAGCACAGGAGGCUCGGCCUUCAGCGUGUACUACAAAGGGUCAAAGGUCGUGGACCUGUGGGGGGGCUUUGCCGACACGACUGUCAGACAGCUUUGGGAGGAGGACACGAUGACUGUGAUAUUUUCAGCAACCAAGGGAAUUGCUGCAUUGUGCAUGUCUAUGCUCGUUGACAGAGGACAGCUGGAUUUUGACCAGACGGUGGCCUUCUAUUGGCCAGAAUUUGCUCAACGUGGCAAGGAGAAGAUCACCGUACGAAUGCUGCUCAACCACGAAGCAGGGCUGGCCGCGACUGCCCAACCAAUCAGCUUCAAGGAUCUGAAGGACCAGGAUGCUCUGGGCCGACUCCUGGCCGAGUCCCCGCCUUGCUGGCCGCCGGGGACCGGUCACGGGUACCACGCCUUCACCUUUGGUCUGUACUGCAGUCAGCUGCUGAUGCGCGUCGAUCCGCAGCGCAGGACCCUGGGCCAAUUCUUCAAAGACGAAGUUGCUGAACCUUUUGAUAUUGACAUUCACAUCGGUCUGCCCUUGGAGUUGAACUACCGCGUGGCACGGUUGACGGGCAUACUGGACUUUCCCUAUAGCGUCAGCUUGAGCUACAUCCCCCGAGACGUCGUGUCCUGGCUGUUCAUCUGGGCGUUCGUGACGGGUCGCAGCUUCAUUCACGAAGUCAUCCAGAAAGCCACUGAUAUGGCCAUGAUCAGAAAAAUGAUCAAGCCACAGGCGAGAGCACUUGAGAACCCCUCCUCCUCUGGCAUCGGAACGGCAAGGGCGGCUGCAAAGGUUUAUGGGAUCCUCGCCAACGGAGGGCAGCCGCUACAAGGUCAAAGGUUACUGUCCAAGAAGCUGGUGGAGGACAUCUUGGCCGAGGCCGGGCCGCCUUCCCUCGACAAGGUCGUCGCCAUUGAAACCAAUUUUUCCAAUGGAUACGCAUUGUUCGAUUGUGAGGGUAGUCGUCAGUUUGGUCACCAUGGUGCGGGAGGCCAGCAGUGCGUAGCUGAUCCCCAAUACAAGCUGGGUAUCGCCUACGUCUCCAGCCACUUCAGCCCCUACGGCUUCGGCAACGAUCCCAGGUUCCUAUCGCUCCAGAAGGCUACCUACAAAUGCGUCCGCGAUCUCCAAGCCAAGCCACUGUGAAAAGUUGGGCAGCCCGGCUGUUUUUUUUGCCAUGAAUCAGUCAAGCUCGUAGCUUUGCAGAGGGUUUCUCUAAAAUAGACAAAUUUUGUAAACAGUAAGGGAUCGAUGAUGAAAAAAGGUCUGUUGUACAACACCUUCCCCCUUGAAAUUUAAGCAUGUAUAUAAAAUGUUAUUAUUUAUAUCAGGCUCCCAAUGGUAAAAAUAAAUCAGCGUAUUGUAUGCUUUCGUAAAAAGUACCCAGAUGACUGCAGUUUUAUUUUUGAUAG